AUGGCAGUCGUGCCCGAAAUGGGACGCCGCGGCUCGUUGGGCUCGGACAACACCUCGAGGAUCAGCUUACCGUACCCGUCGCAUUCCAAGACGUAUGCAAAAGAGAGCAUCUACGCGCGCGACACCAUCGACAGAAGAAAGUCGACCAUGACGCCAGAAGCCACGGAUGUCGACACAAUGGUUGCAGACAAGGACAACGAGGAGCCCACUGUGGCACAGCCGCCCAACCACGUACCACCCCCGCCCUCACGAGCGCCUCCGAGCCCCCCGCUCACUGCGACUACCGCCGCAGACUUGAGAAGGGCAGCCAGCUCAAACAGCAUGUGGCGCAGAGACGCAGACGUACUUGCCCGGGAGAUGGAGGACGGUCGCCAGAGCGUGGACAGCGGUACGCGCAUGACAUCGCAGGCUGGCCCCCGGAUAGCAUCACGCUCUAGUGUCAGGGAGGGCGACGAAUUCGACGGCACUGACCUCACCUCCACCACUGGAUCGCAGCCCAGCACCAUUCGUGCAAAGUCACCUCAAUUGGCGCCGAGGACGACGACAGCAAGUCCCUCAAAUGCCCGGCCGCCGGGCAGGACCUCGACGCCAGUAAGAACAUCAACACCAGCCAGAACAUCGACGCCAAUCAAAGUCAAAGUCAAGAGCAGAGCACCGUCUGAAUACACGAUUGAUUCAGAAGCUACCUCUGUUAUUCAGGAUCACAGUGCCCACCACCGGGGCUCUUCUCCCCCGCAGUCAGAUGCAUCGCCCUCUUCUGUUGUAGAUUCAUCACCGCGCACUCCCACCCAGCACUCAGUUCUGCCUUCUGUUGUCUCGUCUGCCAAGGAUGGGCCGUCUGUGAUUGAGGUCAUGACAGAUCCCAUGUCCCGCACUCAAUCGGUAGACCCCAGCUAUGCACAGGCACCCAUGACGCCGCCACCUCCACCGCCGCCGCCGCCAAUGAUGAUGAUGGAUGCUCCUCGGGUCGACUACUUGCUGCAGAAUGGUGGUCUUGCGAAGCCAAUUCCGCGAAGCUUGCUGGCAGCCAUUGAUGGAGUUCCCGCUGCUUCGUAUUCUCACUACACGACGCCGCGACUAUCUGGUGCACAGGCCCACGAUGUGCGAUCAUUUUUCAAGCCAUUGCAGAAUGUUCUCAACAGUUACAAUACCGUCAUGGACACGAGUGGUUCGCUAGCCGUUGCCACGGGUUACCGUUCGGUUGCACGGCGCCUGCUCGAUCGUCUCGAAAACGUUUUUGCUCGCAACAUCUCAUCUGAGCAUUGCCAGUGCAUGAUGUGCUUUGAUCGACCAGUGGUUGAGGAUUCUGCAGGGGUGAAUUGGGGAGAGGUCCUGGAACUGGUUUCCGGUCGUUGUGAGCUACCACCGUGGCCACCAUACGAAGAAGGUCCUGGGCCCGGACUGGGUAUAUCAUCUGAACUAGAAGCACCAUGCCAACGAAUUGAUGUCGACGUUCCCGAGCAGUACCGCGAGCACUAUGAGAAGCAAUCCAAGAAGACCAAAGUUGCAGUACAGUCUUGGCUGUCUGAUCAGCAGGACAAUGUUCCUGAAGACGCUGAUGACGAGACACUUACAUUUAUCAUGCUCACACGUCUAGAGCAACCACAACGACCGCUCUUCUAUGCGCUGCUAUGGGGAUUAGAGAAACUUCCAAAUCCCAGGACGCAGAAGCCCGACACGGGUACUCCGCCAUACUUGACCAAGGCCGGCAUCGCACUGCAGCGCCUAUAUCGACUCACCAGCCCGCCGCGUGACCAGCUAACUGUCAUGUAUCUUAUUCAACAUGCCGACAUGCACAACAUGCUGGCAACACUGGCAGCGGUUACCAAGCAUGAAUGGGAGAUCCUUGUGUCUGGGCGUUUUGACGGGUUCCUGUGGUCUGGCGCUGAAGACGUGCCGGACCUGAGCGGGACUCCACCUCGAACAGGCUCGAGGGCGGGUCAGAUACGACCGGCGGACGGACCGCAGCGAUUUGCUUCGCCGUUCACGCCCUACUCACGCCCUGGAUCCACUCGGCCGGGAUCAGUGCGGCCACCCGGAGGUGCGCCGGUGCAGAUUGAUGAAGAAACCGAGAUUGCGGUGCUGGCAGAAAUCGAGCGAGAAAUCUACCUGGGCAUGGAGGCCAUGGAGGACGCCUUUGAACAGCUUCACAACCAGGCGGAGAUGGUACGGCGACGGCUGCGUGAGCGGGCGGCAGCUCUGUCCAUGGUGGCACAGCGACGCAGGGGCAUGGGGGGCAUUGAAGUCCGGACGGAUACGCCGGCCAACCUGCGCGACGCUGACGAAGGCAUCGACGAUCUCAAGAGCGAGAUUGGACCUGACGAUUCGGCCAGCAAUGUCAGCAACAACCGAAGACGAAAAGCCCAUCGGGCGCGUGAGAGGAGAACGCCAGCUCCGGUGGAGGAGGAGAGCGAGGAAGACGUGGCGCUUGCGGAGCGGAUACGCAGACGUUUCUGAUGCGAAUGAAUAAAGACUUUGGAAGGACCUGGGCAUCUGGUGGAGUUUGUUUUAUCGUUAUUUUUGCUUUUGUCUUGUCAGCAGGAGUUUUUUGUUUGUGUGUUUCGUUUUUGUCAAUGGUUCGGGGCACCAUGGCGGAUACGAUUUCAUGGUUUGAGAUGACGGCCGCAACAAAUGGAUACCCAAUUUUAGUGAGAGAGUGUGGAAGAGAGCAUGGACUGUGCGCUGUGCUGCAUCCCACAUAGCUUGGCGUAGAUGGCGUAUGUAUACGAAAUGUAUAUUGUUUACUUUGCGGGUCAGACGGAUGACGUCAGGAGUGAUCGCUGCCAGCAUGCCUGAUUUGCAUGAGGGUGAAGGGGUAGUAGUAGUAGUAGUAGUAGUAGUAGUAGUAGUAGUAGUAGUAGUAGUAGUAUAAUAACAAGUGUGCU